AUGGCGGGAGAGGACAAUGAUGCGGAUAGUAAUUGGCAUGGAUCGGAAAGAGUGGAAACACAAAAAGUUGUAGACAUUGUAUUAUUAAAGAAUUCUUCAAGAAUGCUUAAUUUUUGCAAGAAUUAUUCGGUUAAUAUCUUCACUUUAAAAUAUGAUCCUAUAGGUUCAUUAAUUGAGUUUCUAUAUCCUUUAAUUUUGGAGAAGUAUAGUAGUACAAAUUAUUUCCAAGAAAGAGCGAUACUUGCUCCAAAGAAUGAAGUUGUUCAAGAAAUAAACGACAGUUUGCUUAAGAAGUUUCCAAGAUAUGAGGUUGAAUAUUUAAGUUCAGAUAGCAUAUGUGAGUCCGAAUUUGUCCAUGAUCAGUUUGAUGCAAAUUUAUACUCUCUUGAUGUAUUAAGUGGUCUCAAAGUAUCCAGUCUACCAAAUCAUAAGUUAGUUUUAAAAAUUGGUGUUCCAGUAAUGUUACUAAGAAAUAUUGAUCAGAAAAACGGCUUAUGUAAUGACACAAGACUACAGGUGAUAUCAUUAGGCAAACGUGUUAUCGAGGCACGUAUAAUAACUGGAACUAAUAUUGGAAACCGAACUUUUAUUCCAAGAAUGUCUUUAACUCCAUCAGAAAAAAAAAUUUCAUUCAAAUUCACAAGAAGACAGUUUCCUUUGGCGGUAUGUUUUGCAAUGACUAUUAAUAAGAGUCAAGGACAAUCAUUAUCGAAGGUUGGUUUGUUUCUCAAAGAUCCGGUUUUUUCACAUGGACAAUUGUAUGUUGCGUUGUCUAGAGUUCAAAACGGAGAGGGAUUGAAAUUAUUAAUUUUAGAUAAAGAUGGUAGACUAACAAACAAAACUUACAAUGUUGUUUAUAAGGAAGUUUUUCGCAAUCUAUAA